CUCGCGAGCGGUCCUGUCGAGUCCCGCUGCCUCUGUACAAGCACUCGCACCCUCGCCGUCUCACUCAGGCGACGCGACGCGUGUCCUCCCGCCGAUCUUAAAUCUUUUCCUCGACGUUAAGUUUCCAAAUUUGACUACACUCCACUUCACGCCAGAACUGAUAUCGUAAGAAAACGACGAAGGGGUACAGUUAACAGUGUUACCGUGAAAAUCGUUUUAUUGUGUAUGUAGUGUGAUGGAGAGUGAGUGUGCUCUAUAUUCCCGCAGGAUACGUAAUAAAUUCUUACACUAAAAGGUGGAUUCGAGUUCAGGGCGAAUAAUAUGUAAUAAAUAAGUCACGCUAGAGUGACGACCGCGGACUACCCUUAGUGAGUGGAGACCGUCGUCUCGACUUCGCGACCGAAAAUGGGCAAGAAGAACUCGAAAUUGAAGCAAGACACGAUCGACAGACUGACGAGCGCCACUUACUUUACGGAAAAAGAAAUUCGGCUUUGGCACAAAGGAUUUCUGAAGGACUGCCCCAACGGUCUUCUGACUGAGCAGGGCUUCAUAAAGAUCUACAAACAAUUUUUCCCUCAAGGUGACCCGAGCAAGUUUGCGUCAUUGGUGUUCAGAGUGUUCGACGAAAACAAUGACGGGUCGAUUGAGUUCGAAGAAUUCAUACGGGCCCUAUCGGUGACGUCACGGGGCAAUCUAGACGAGAAACUUCACUGGGCUUUCCGUCUCUACGACGUGGACAAUGACGGUUACAUCACUCGGGAUGAAAUGUAUAACAUAGUCGACGCGAUCUAUCAAAUGGUGGGCCAGACCCCACAGCCUGAGGAUGAGAACACUCCCCAGAAGCGCGUCGACAAGAUCUUCGACCAGAUGGACAAGAACCAUGAUGACAGGCUGACUCUGGAGGAAUUCCGUGAGGGCAGCAAGGCCGACCCCCGCAUUGUUCAGGCUCUGUCCCUUGGAGGCGAUUAAUCUAUGGUCAUUCUCUCGCCGGAUUUCACAUUUACAUAGAGAGCCACUGCAAUUACAUAGCCGCGUUAUAAUAAUAUGUAUUUUAUUCAAUUUAGUGUAGUGUUUUUAUUUAGUUCAAUGUAGUAGGGGAUAUGUUGAAAUGUAGUAAGAAAUGUUUAUGGUUCCUUUUAUCUAGGACAGUUUCUUUUUCUGAAAUAUAUAACCAUAUUUUAAUUUCUAAAUAUGUAUGUACUUUUUACGCGGAUACUGUGUAUUGUAGUAAUGAUUUGAAGUACCUAAUAUUUGCCAAUAUGAAUGCCAGUAAAAGAGCGAGGCUUUCGAUUGAUUUUAAAUUUGUUAUUAUUUCGGUUUAUCUUUAUACUAUGUACUUCAGUAUUUACUCCUAUGAUACAACUCAGUUUAUGUAUGUCUACAUCAUCGCAUACGAAAUAAUUUUAAAAAAUUUGACUAAUUUCCGAAUCCGAUAUACAAAAUAAAUAAUAAACAUCUAUAUCUAUAGUCGGAUAUUGCAAUUUGCAAUUUCCACCUCAAGGAUAGUGAGUUGGUGGCAUUAUGAUCUAAAAAUAUUGAUUUACUUUGUAAACUUCAAACUGGCACACGCACUAAUAAUAUGAAGGUGGACCUACAAAUAACUUCAGGAAAAACAUCUGAGAAAACAAUUUCUCUAACUUUUCUCGUGACGAUCCUGACAAUGUUGAAUUUGGAAUUUCGUAUUUUUUAUUACCUAAAUGUUUUAAAUGAAUUAUUUUAUGAACUAAUAAUGAAAAUUUUUAAUGAUUCGUGAUAAUUUUUUUAUGACCAGAACCUCGCCAUCCAUUUCAUGUUGGCAAAUUUAAUGUUGCUCUUUGUAAAUGAUGAAUAUGUUUCUGCUUUCGGGUCUGCUAUUUAUAGGUACGAAACGGUUGCAAAUCAAACAAACUCUUGUCUUCGAUUUGGACACAGCAAAGCUCACCCUGAGAGGAAAAUUCGCGCGAGAGAACUUGACUACCCUUAGCCAAAUCACAUACUCGUUAAUAACGCACUACAGUUCAAGAAAUAAUACCCUAUCGACGACCCUUUUUAGAAUAUAAUAACACGUAUUUCUAUCACGUGUAACUUCUAUAGUUCUGUAGAUUGUUGUGAACCGUCGCUUAGGUCUCUAUUACUGGCGGCACCAUUGCUAUUAUAUCUUUACAUAAGUAAACAUCUUUAGUAAAUGUAGAUAGCGUUGCACGUUGAUCGAAUGUCAAUACCACAAUUAUUUAAAUACUUUUCCUGUUGUUGUUGUUGUUACUUAUAUAGUUAGGUUUAAAAUAAUCACGCCCCACUUAGGUACAUAUAACAAAGUUCAAACAUUGCAUUCCAUUUCAAACGACCAUAUAACGUUACAAGAUAGAAACUUUACAGCGACUAUUUGAAAAGGUUAUCAACAUAUCUUCGUUGAUAUUUUUUUCCGAUGAAAAAUAACUGCUAAAUUUAUAUAUAGCCCUUUAAGGGCUCACAAUUUUCAAUGUAACUGGAAAAAUGAAAUUAAAUUAAAUACCACCUAUUUUCGCAGUAUAUAAAGACAAGGCCGCUUCUAAUCCAUGUUGAUGAUACAGUAUUACCUCACGAUCAUCUAGAGAUAAGCAACGGGAUAGUGUUUUUGAUUUGAAACAUAGUUUUCAUAAGCAAGAAGUUUAAAAUGCUUAAAAAUAACUUACAUAGUUAUUAGGACUGUAGUGUGAUCAUGUAGAUGGCUAAGUACUUUUUAAAUUUUCAAUAUAGCACUGUUUACAAGAGUUCGAAUCGCCGCCGUUUCGUCAGCACCCUACUUACAUUACUAGCUAUGAUGUAUCCAUGUGGUCUGCCAAACCUAGUAUACAUACUCUUUGAAUUACUUAAUACUAAUACUUUUCUCCAUUGUUCAAUGAGAACACUGAGAACAUAUAUUUUCGAGAACUUUUGGAUAUUUCCGAUAGCUACUCUUCAACAUUUCUAGCCUAUAAGUAUCUUUCUAUCUAAUACGAAAUAUACGUACUGCUUGAAUACUUCUUAUGUUUUGCUUUAAACUAAAUCUUCUUAUGAUAUUUGUAAUGGAUUUCUAUAACUUUUAAACUAAUUCGUAAAAGGACUUCGUCCAUUAAUGAUUUAAAUUUAAGGAUUAAAAACUAUGAGUGGUUUUUAAUCACGAGUCAAUUUGUCUUUCAUCGCGUUUUGUGGGCGUUGGGAGGAGUUUGGCGAACUAGAUAGGACAUACCGCGGGCUGUGCAUUUUGUGUAGUAUUAAGUAGCAGGUAUUACGCCUGCUCGCAAUCAAUUUGCGGUGAUCGGAUAUUUAUAACGAUGUUAAAAAUUACCGAAAGCUCAAGAAUGAUUCUGAUAAACGCAGAUGAUAUUAAGUUACUACUCGAAGACGAAUUGACGCUCUGUGAGAACAGAAGUUUUUUGAAUAAGUUUCACAUUCGACUAGUUUAUUUUUUAUUUUUUAUUGGCUCUAUUUAAUUAUAAAACAAAAUGAGCAACUUUGUAAUGCGAUAAUGUUAAUAACAUUCCGUAUAUUAUAUGUCUAUAAAGAUAUCUUCAUGUAACGUUUAAGUAUUGUUACGAAACUACAACUGAUGAAUGUGAAGUGCGCAUCCUAAACAUUUCAGACGCCGAACGUCCAAAACGAUUUAGUAACACCACUGAAAUGCACUGGGUAAUGCUAAUUCAAUUACCGUCUCGCCCAAACACCUUGAAUAUGAAGUCCGAAAUGCCAAGGUUCCGAUAAUUGUUUUAAAGAUGUUUACUUCAUAUUUACGUUGUUAUUUAUAUAGUAUUACUCGUUCAAUAUAAUCAUAAAGGAAUUUUAAUAGUAGUUCAUUAUGUAAUCUACAGUGUUAUCUUUUACUAAUUCAUCACUCGUUCACUAAACUUGUUUUCUCGACGUUCCAAAGUUACGAUUGAAACACGACCUUUAAAAUAUACGAAAACAAAGCCUUUCGUAUUAAAAUUUACUGUAAAGUAUAAUUUAACACUUUACUAACAAAACUAAAGUUAAACUACAAUCGAACGUUCUAGAAUGCAAGUUGGUUCUUUGAACAUUCAGUAAUUACAUAACACUGUUUUUAUGUAAAUACUUACUUCGCCUUCUUUACUAGACAUUACAAAUACUAUUCACUUUUAACAAUAAUGGUGAUUAAUAAAUAAAAC